AUGUACUUUGUUAAAUGUGAACAAGGACCUAAUAAAAAUUGUAGAUCGGUUAUUCAUGCAAUCGAUAACAAUAAGUAUGACAAAUUUCCAAAAAAGAAAUGUGUGUUUGGAUGGCGUAUGAGUGACACUUCUAAGGAAAACGAGUUUUUAGCCAGUUCUUUAUGA